CUCACGUGCUUUGUAGUACACGCGCGGCGGAUCAAACGCCAGUCGGUUACUCGUUAUUCAAUAAACGCAAUACACUCGCCGAGGAGCGCUCGAAAAAUUGAAAAAAAUUGCUGUUUUCUUCCGCGUGUUGAUGCCGAUUUUUUUGAUAUGAAAUCUACUUGUUUGCUUAUCCAAUGCGCUCUAACGUAAGCUGAACUUGAACCAUAACUCAAAAUGACAUCAAAAUGCUGCGGCCUGCGCUCCACGAAAAUCUUACUGUACAUAUUCCAAUUCGUGCUACUGUUUACUGGCCUGGCGAUAUGCCUGUUGGGGGCGUGGAAAUUCCUAAUAACCUUCCACUUGCUGCGGGUGCUCGAUAGCCACACCUACUCCACGGCCUUUUACCUGUUUUUAGCCACCGGUUGUCUAGUCAUUUUAGUAUUCCUGAUCGGCUGCUGCGCCGUACCAAAGCAUUGGACCAAAUUGUUAUUUUUGUACAUCAUUUUGUUGGUGGCAGUUGUCUUGUUCGAAAUACUGAUAGGCGUGCUGGCGUUUUUGUUUCGGGAAAAUAUCGAGGACGAUUUGAAUUUGAAUUUCAACAACACCAUUUUAGCGACCUAUAAAUUCGACGAUGAUAAAACUGCUUCUAUAGAUUACAUACAAGAAAAGUUGCAUUGUUGCGGUGCUUUGGGCUACGAAGAUUGGACAUACAGCACCUGGAUACAAAACGAGACGGUACUGAACAAAGUACCGGAUUCCUGCUGUAAAACAGUGACGGAAAAUUGCGGAUACAGGGAUCACCCUUCGAACAUAAACUUUGAGGGUUGUAUAGGAUUCAUCGUGGAGAAAAUCCGAGCGAAUUUCUGGGUGAUAUUCGUAACGGCGAUUUGCAUAUGCGCCUUCCACGCCAUAGGCAUCGUCCUGGGGAGUAUAUUGUUCGUAAAAUUGGAAUCGGGUAAAUACGACGCGGAUUAUAGCCCCCAAAACGGGGGCACCGAAGCCCUGCUCUCCGAUACGCAGCAUCAUUUAUAAAACCAGCUCCGUUCGUACUUAACCGAAGGUUUAUUUAUUGUUAUGUGUUGCAGCUUAACCAAACCGUUUCCCGGGUUUAUUCCUAGUCAGUUUAUUUAAGUUUACAAAUUGUUAGAACUUUCUACGGUAUAUAAAUAUAAAGGAUAAUAAAUUCUUGAUUAUAAAAUA